AUGGCCGCAGCGAUGCGGAGCGGCCGAAACCUGCGGGCCGGGACUGUGCUGAGAUCAGCCUCCAGACUUGCACACUCCGCUGUGAAAACCCAGUACGACGCCCUCGUCAUCGGUGGAGGACACAAUGGGCUGGUGGCGGCGGCUUACCUGCAGAAGGGGGGACUGAAGACGGCGGUGUUGGAGCGCCGGCAUGUGCUGGGAGGAGCAGCGGUCUCGGAGGAGCUUUUCCCAGGUUUCCACUUCUCCAGGUGCUCCUAUUUGCUCAGUUUGUUGAGACCCCACAUAUACAACGACCUGGAGCUUAAGAAACACGGGCUGAAGGUUUACCUGAGGGACCCCCAUGCCUUCACCCCCAUGUUGGAGGAGGGGGUGAGAGGUGCUCCACCACGCUCUCUCACCCUGGGCUCGGAUCUGGCCAUGAACCAAAGGGAGAUCGGCAAAUUCUCACACGGAGAUGCCAAGGCCUUUCCGGAGUUCGUCACUUACCUGGAGAAGUUAGCAGGGGCCAUUCAGCCACUCCUGGAUGCCCCUCCCGUAGAUAUCCCAGGCCUCACCGCCGGAUCACUGAGGAGGAGGCUAACUGCAUCCAAGACACUGAUGCCGAUAGUCAAAUGUGGUCUGAAACUGGGCAGGAACAUCCCGGAAUUGUACGAGAUCAUAACCGCACCGAUAAUGAAGAUCCUGAACCGGUGGUUUGAGUCUGAGCCUCUGAGGGCCACGCUUGCUACCGAUGCUGUGAUAGGCGCUAUGACCAGUCCUGAUAGUCCUGGCAGUGGGUACGUGCUCCUGCACCAUGUGAUGGGGGAGCUCGAGAAGGAGAAAGGAGCGUGGGGCUACGUGGAGGGGGGCAUGGGAGGCGUGUCCAAGGCUAUCGCUAGCUCUGCUCGCUCCCACGGGGCUGAAAUCUUCACGGAGAAGGAGGUGGAGCAGGUACUGGUGGGCUCUGAUGGUGCUACCAAAGGAGUGGUGCUGAAGGAUGGCACAGAGAUUCGCAGCAAAGUGGUUCUGUCCAACGCUACUCCAUAUGUCACCUUCAAAAAGCUCACGCCACAGGGUUCUCUAUCUCCCGAGUUCAUCAAAGCUAUAGAUCAGAUAGAUUACACCUCUCCGGUCACCAAAAUCAAUGUGGCAGUGGACAAGCUGCCCAACUUCCUUGCGUCUCCCACGCCAGAUGGGAAGCCGGGCCCCCACCAUCAGUGCUCCAUUCACCUCAACUGUGAAAGCGUGGAGGUGCUGGAGACCGCAUACAAAGAUGCCAUGCGUGGACAAGCCUCAGCAAGGCCCAUGCUUGAAAUGACGAUCCCGUCUGUAUUGGACCCUACUCUGGCACCGCCUGGCUGCCACGUAGUGUCGCUGUUCACCCAGUUCACCCCCUACUAUCUAGAAGGGAAGGAGUGGACAGACCAGGACAGGGAAGCCUUUGCUGAUGUCGCCUUUGACUGGGUGGAGCGGUACGCCCCCGGGUUCAAAAAGUCAGUGGUGGGAAGGGACAUCCUUGCCCCCCCUGACCUGGAGCGGAUCUUCGGGCUGACCGGAGGGAACAUAUUUCACGGAUCGAUGUCGUUGGACCAGCUGUACCUAGCACGACCUUUGCCCUCUCUCUCAGACUACCGCUCACCUAUAGAAGGGCUGUAUCUGUGUGGCAGCGGCUCUCAUCCAGGCGGCGGUGUGAUGGGCUCCCCCGGCUGGAACGCAGCCCUUGUUGCCAUGGCUGACCUGAAAAAGAGCUGAGACGUGAGACACGGCAACGGGCGGACUCCUCCAUCCUCGUAUCCCCCCUCCACCGUGUACUGCACAUUAGUGGAUGUCUGCAGGAAUGGCCAUCUUUCACUCCGUUGUGUCAACUUGUUUGGUUUACAAAGAUCCCCGAAAGUAGGAAAGAAGCGUUGCACGCUCUGACUCCAUAUAUGCAUUUCUCUUUUAUUGUUUCUUUGUUAUUUAGGUGACGUUUCGGCCCUCUAGACCUUCUUCAAGAUCAAUAAAAGUAGGACCCGGGCACUGGUAUGUUAUGUAGGCCACAUCUUAGUGGCACAUCUGAUGGGGAUUUGACCAUCACGUUCCACCAUUAGGCUGAGGAAGACAAUCAAGAGGCCUUCAGCGAAUCAAGACUCUUAACAGUGACAGGAACCACAGCCAAUCGGAUCCCUUCGAGCAAAAUGACAACAACCAUUAUGUCUCGUACCACAUUUAGAGAUUUAAA